GAUAUCCAAAGCCAGGAGCUUUUGUUAAACCUUAUGAGACCUUUAAGUAUGAGUGGAGAGUUCCUGAAAGUGUUGGGCCUACACAGAAUGAUCCAGCAUGCCUCACUUACCUGUAUUAUUCGGCAACUGAUGCAAUGAUGGAUACUCAGUCUGGUCUGGUGGGACCUCUUAUCAUUUGUAAGAAAGAUACUCUGAAAUCCGAUGGAAGCCAGAAAGGAGUAGACAAAGAAUUCUAUCUGCUCUUCACUGUCUUUAACGAGAAUCAGAGUUUUUACUUUGACCUAAACAUUGACGCUUUUACUGGCGAUCCCUCGACGGUUCAUAAGGAGGACAAGGACUUUGAGGAAUCCAACAGAAUGCAUGCGGUCAAUGGCUACCUGUUUGGUACCUUAGCUGGCCUCAACAUGUGCAAAGGUGAUGUUGUUUCUUGGCAUAUGCUUGGACUAGGUAGCAGUACAGAUAUUCACGGCGUCCAUUUCCAAGGAAAUACCAUCCAUUUGGGAGGCACAAUAAGGGACAGUCUCCCUUUGUUCUCCCAUGUUACAAACACAGCACUGAUGCAGCCAGAUCAAACAGGGACUUUCCAAGUGGCUUGUAAGACAUUUGAUCACUUUACUGGUGGGAUGAAACAAUGGUAUAAUGUUAAAUCCUGUGGCAAGGAGUCAUCUGAUGAUAGACACUAUGGAACAGCGAGGACCUACUAUGUUGCUGCAGAAGAGGUAGAAUGGGAUUAUGCCCCUGAUAAGACCUGGGCCGAGAAGAAGAUGGAAGGAAUGAGCAAAAAAGAAAGUUAUGGACAUAUAUUUCUGAGCCAAGGUGAACAUACGAUAGGUUCGAAGUACAAGAAGGCGGUUUAUAGAGAAUACAAAGACGGAAAAUUUAUGGAGCACAAAGAAAGGACCUUAGAACAGGAACAUCUGCAAAUUCUAGGGCCUCUCAUUCACGCAGAAGUUGGUGACUUGGUAGUAAUAAUGUUUAAGAACAGAGCCAGUAGGCCCUACUCCAUAUCAGCUCAUGGAGUACAAGAAGAUGCUGGAACUAAAACUCACGUUACCAUGCCAGGAGAAACAAACACUUAUUCCUGGAGAAUUCCACAACGAUCAGGUCCCGGUGUUUCUGAUCCAAACUGUAUUUCUUGGGCUUAUUAUUCAACAGUGCAUUUUGUAAAGGAUUUGUGCAGUGGUUUGAUUGGAGCCCUUAUAGUUUGCAGGAAGGGGAUAUUAAAUGAAACGGGCUCAAGGAGUGAUAUUGUUCGUGAAUUUGGUCUUCUUUUUAUGAUUUUUGACGAAAAUGAAUCGUGGUAUUUAAAUGACAACAUUGUCAAAUAUCUGCACAAAAACCCUGAAGAAUUUAACCCUACUGGUAAUUUUACGAAAGGGAACAGAAAGUAUGCAAUCAAUGGGAAAAUCUUUAAUAAUCUCGCUGGGCUGAUAAUGAAUGAAGGAGACGGCACAAAUUGGUACCUGAUAGGAAUGGGAAAUGAACUUGAUAUCCAUACUGUCCAUUUUCAUGGUGAAACCUUUAUUUUCAAGAUGGAUCACCAUCACAGAGGAGAUGUGUAUGACCUUAUCCCUACAACUUUUCAGACAAUUGAACUUGUAGCAUUUAAUCCUGGGACCUGGCUUUUACAUUGCCAUGUGCACAAUCACAUUCAAGCAGGGAUGGAAGCCACAUACACCAUUAUAAAAGCAGGUAAUGGAAGAACAGAGUUGGAGUUCUUUGGUCAAUGGCUGGGCCUGAAAGAAGCUGAUUCUCUCCUCCAAGUGCUUUUCUUCACUGGAGUAGUGCUUCUGUUCAUUGUUUUGACAUUCAUGUCUAUUAUAGUUUUCCAGGGGAAAAAGGCCUAUUAUCACUUCAUUGGGCACAGAUCAAUGGAGUCCCUCUAAUUUGACUCUC